AGGCAGGGGAAGCUGAUGCCCAUUUCGAGUCAUGUCGAAGGCGGUCGUAUUAUUUUGGUGCUUGCUCGUUGUGUCGUCGGGUCAGCAAAGUUCAGAUCCAAUACUUGUCGAAACUUCUCCUGGGAAUUGCUUUUGUCAACUGCGGGGAAAAAUUGACGACUGCACUUGCUCUGUGGAUACGGUUGAUUAUUUCAACAACAUCAACAUAUACCCGCGGAUGAAAAGCCUGACACACACUGAUUAUUUUAGGUAUUACAAGGCCAAUAUGAAGAGAGAAUGUCCUUUCUGGGCUGAUGACUCCAAAUGCUCAAUAAAGGAUUGCCACGUCUUGGCUUGCUCUCACGACAAAAUUCCGGCUGGAUUACGUUCUGAUCCGGCUGCCAAAUAUUUAGAAUCAAGUCAGGGUGUGACAGAUUGCGACGAUGACCUGGGAUAUCUUGAUAAGACGUUGAGCUCAGCCACUAAAACAAAUCUCGACACGUGGAGUGCGUUUGACGAAGAAUCUCUGACGUACUGUGACGUUGGUGAUCAAAGCGAGGAUAGUGCAGAAUUCGUUGACCUCAUGAUCAAUCCUGAAAGAUUUACCGGCUAUCGAGGGCCAUCAGCUCAUCGAAUUUGGCGGAGCAUUUAUGAUGAAAAUUGCUUCAAGCCUGAUCAGCCUGUAUCCAAUCCAUUCGAGGCGCUUAAGGGAAUGUGUUUGGAGAAACGAGCAUUCUAUCGAGCUGUUUCUGGCUUGCACACGAGUAUCAACAUCCAUCUCUGUGCCAAUUUUCUUCUGUCGGAUAAAAUCACGCCAUUUGCAACCCAGACCUCUCUGUGGGGACCAAAUCUUGAGGAAUUCAGGAUUCGCUUUGAUCCAGAGCUCACAGACGGCUUUGGGCCUCAGAGACUCCGUAAUCUUUAUUUUGUUUAUUUGCUGGAAAUGCGGGCUUUAGCGAAAGCUUCACCUUACCUGCAACAGUUACAGUAUUACACCGGGAAUGAGGAAGAAGAUGGAAGAACGCAACACGCUGUGGAAGAUUUGCUGAGUAUGGUGAAUUCUUUUCCGGAGCAUUUCAAUGAGAAAUAUAUGUUCUCGAGUGGAGAAAGUAGUACAAAGCUGAAGGAGGAAUUUCGAUUACACUUCCUAAAUAUCACACGAAUCAUGGAUUGUGUCGGAUGCGACAAAUGUAAGCUUUGGGGAAAGCUUCAGAUUCAAGGCUUGGGAACUGCUUUGAAGAUUUUAUUCACUCCUGAAGAAGACAUCGUUCCCAUCAAGACGCAGGAUAGGGAAUUUGCCGCGUGUCAGUGUUAUGCUUACAGUGCCCAGCCGAAUCUUCAACCGAUCCCCGAGCCUGCCGCAGACGGCGCAGAAGUUAUUUAUCCGGAGAAGAUCUCUCGCUUAGCUGAUCAAAUAGUCGGCCUGUCUCUGGUUGAAGUGUCUGAGUUGAAUUCGUUGUUGAAGAAGCGAUUGAACAUCCCGGAUGUUCCCUUGAUGGGUGGUUUUGUUGCGGCUGGUCCUGGGGUCGGAGCUCCUCAGGAGGAGGAAGAAGUAGAGCCUCAGAAGGUGCAAACAAUGUUCACGUUGAAAUUGACAAAAUUCGAUGAAUCGAAGAAGGUGGCACUGAUCAAGGAAAUGAAGAAUCAAAUGGAAGGCAUGAACCUGGUUCAGGCAAAGAAGUUUGUCGAAGGGGCGCCGCAGGUCGUGAAAGCGGAUAUUACGAAAGACGAAGCGGAAAGUUUGAAGGCAGCCUUGGAAGCAGUUGGCGCCUCCUCUGCUGUUGGAUCGAAUAAUGAGAAAUACUCGACAUCAGCGGGUUGUUUUCUUUCCAAUAAUGGACUUGAACCUGAUCUGCCCUUCAAGGCAAUGAAUCCUGAUCUGGGGACUCGGAUAGAAUCGUGCGUCGAUUAUUGUCGAGACCUGUACUACAAAGUGGCUGGUUUACAAAACGGAGACUGCAUGUGUGGAUCAAUUUUUGGUCAAUAUGGUCCCGCGAAAUGUGACGUUUUAUGUCAAGGCAAUGAGCGGCAAAUUUGUGGUGGAUUGUCAGCCAUUUCUGUUUACUUCACGGGUCAUAAUGCUCCAGGUCCGGUGUCGGAGAUCGCGGCGAAGAGGACGAAAAUCCUCGAUCGUGAUGACACGUUGCAUUUGACGUGGAAAGCCCCGGAGAUUCUGAAUGGACGUUUGAAAAGUUACAAGAUCGAAGUAUUGAACGUCGUGACUGCGUAUGGCUCUGCUACGCGGAGUUUUAGACCCAGGUCUUGGGAUGUUGAUGCCGGAUCAACGGACGCGGACAUGACGGGAAUCGCACCCGGUGUUGAAUACAAUGUUUCCGUUGUGGCGGAGAACGAAUCCGGGAUGGGUCCUGCAGUUUAUGCGAAUGUCUGGAGCCGUGUUGGAGGCAAGCGCAACUUGGAUGUUUUUCUUCAUGAACGAAUAUUUAUUACCCUGCCACCGACUCCUCCUUUUCCGAAGCUUGUGGCGAAAUCGAAUGGGAAAAUGACGGUUGAACUCAAACCGGUGGAACCGACUGGAGGCCCGAUAUCUGUCUAUCAAGUUGUGGUGAUUGAUGAGAGUUCGCCUGUUUUAUUCAAACCCGAGCUGCUGACUGACUUCGAUACUGCAGAAAGUGAAGGAACUCCUUAUUAUAUUGCUGCUGAAAUCGCCGGAGUGUACCUGCCGGAAAGUUUCACUGUCGGCGAUAACCGACGGUACGGGAAAUAUUGGAACAAGGGUUUGCCAGAUGGACGAGACUUCCAUGUGAUCCUCGGAGCGUUGUCCACUUUGAACGGGGAAACGAGAGCGUCUUAUGGAAGACCGGGACACGAGCAGCACGAAGGUUUCCAUGACGGGCAUCAGCACACUCAUGGUGAUCAUGUGCAUGAGCAUGAUCACGAUGAUCACGAAGAAGAUUCCGGGGGAUUGGGUUUCAUUAGUGGGAAUUGGACGCCCGUGACAAUUGCCUUGGGCGUUGCCAUUGCCGUCUUCGGGACCAUGUUGUGUGCCUCUGUUGUUAUCUAUGGGUUGAUGCGAAGAAGAGUUAGUCGGAGACGGCGUCGUCGGCGCGGAAGCAACAUGAAGCAACCCACGCGUCGGUUUGAUCAGCAAGAGCUCACGGUUUCUGCUUCUCAUCUGGUCACCAGUCGAGAACCAAUGGAUGCAGCGUAUGUUUCGAGCGUAUUCCUGGUUGAGGAAGAGAGUUUGGAAUCUCCUGAUGGAACCGGACUCAGAGGAGUGGACAAGUACGAGCGUUUAAAACGAAAGGUUUGGAAUAUCCCGGAAAUAUCUUUGCAAAUACAUCCUGAGGUACUUGGAAAGGGGAAGUUUGGCCUGAUCAAACAGGGUUCCGUCACGAAAAAGGGCACCGCAGUUGGGGCCGCUGUUCAUUCAUUUGAAGAUGCGAAAAUGAGCGAAGCCCAGAAGCGGUCGAUGUUGCAAGAUUUGGAAUUGAGCAUCAGAAUGGGUUCUCACAUGAAUCUCGUGCAUUUGAUCGGACUUUGCGAAGGAAUAGAAAACAUUUACGUUGUCGUGGAAUAUUUCCCCACGUCGCUGAAGCAGUAUCUCCUCGAUUCAAGAAAUGCGGAGCGCAUAUCUGGUCAAAAAGACAAAUCUUUGCCGGUUUCUUCUGCUGGAGCAACUCAUUUGUUGGAGGUUGCCGUUGGCAUUGCAAUGGGCAUGUCACACCUGGCCUCCAUCAAGGUGACGCACCGGCAGUUGUGUGCAAAAGUUGUUAGUUUGGUCGGAGGGAGCGUGCCAAAAAUUGGCGGCAUUUCUUACAGUCACUACAACUCGUUGGCUCAGGCUCCUGAUUUCACUCGUUGGUUGCCGCAAGAAGCCUUGAAAAGCCCGCAAUACGCGUUUUUCCCGCCAAAAGGGGAUAUUUGGUCGUUCGGAGUGCUUCUUUGGGAAAUCGCCACUUUGGGAGCAACGCCGUAUGGAGACAUCAGGUCAAACGAAGAGCUUAUGUCGCGGGUUAUGAAGGGUGUGCGACUUGCACAAGCACCUACCAUAGAAGAUGAAUUCUAUAAUUUAAUGGCGUCCUGUUGGGAAGCAGAAGUGUCGGAAAGGCCAACCUUCCACAGCUUGCAAGCCCAGUUGCGGGCCAUGGCUCAGAACAGUGCUUUGUUUUCUCCCCUCUCAGAAACAAUGGCGGACGAUGAGAAUUCCGGUGGAAUUGGUGAAAAGUGUUCAUUGGGAGAAGAUGGAAAUGAUGUGGAUCCAGCAUCUGCAGAUAAAGGAAAUGAGGCAUCUAUGGAGCGUGAAGUUGAUGCUGAGACUCGUUGUGAAGAUUCACUCGCUGAUCAAAGUGGAAAAUCGCCUGUUGAAGGCAAAACAGAUGAGGAUAGUUCAGUGCCCAAAGAUCUCAAGUCCAAUGUGAUCGGAAAAGAAACUCCGUCAGAACCGGUGUGGGAAAAUGGUCGUUAUGUGCACACGGAUCCCGAAACCAAAGAAAAGCGAUACUGGGAUGAGGCGUCAUCCGAAUGGAAGCCUUUACCGUCGUCAUCGUCUGACCCAAUUUGGGAAAAUGGGAGAUACGUGUGCAUUGACCCUGUGACCUCUGAGAAGAAAUACUGGGACGACGAUGCUUCGGAAUGGAAAUCAAUUGAGGGAGCGGACCAAACUUCCCCUCCUUCGCAGAAUUGCGAAUUUCGAAACGGGGCUUACAGGCACGUUAUUUUUGAGAAAUGUUUUUGCAAAAGAACUGAAAAGAAGAAAUGCUUGCUCGUUGUGUGGGCCGCGAACAGAUGUAAGGACGAGAAAGGAGAGGAACUCGUGUGGGUGCCGAGUGCUAGUGAAUGGCGAAAAAAUGAGCACUUCGUGGACAAGGACACCGGGAAAAAGUGUUACCGAGACGCCGUUGACAACACUAUUUACGAAUGGGACGAGGGCAAAAGCGCUUGGUUUCCUCUCAUAGACGAAGAUUUCCUCGCAGUUUACCAAAUGCAGUACGGGGUUGCGAACGAGGACGAAGAAAAAGUGGAGGAAAAGGCGAAGGCCGAGGAACCGGAAAAGCAGGAGGAGAAACCAGCAAAGAAAAGAAAACCUGAAAAUCCAACCUGGUUUCAAAUAGAAGCCGAGAAGAAUACGAAUGUUUAUGUACAAGGUCUGCCCUUAGAUAUUACGGAGGAAGAAUUUGUAACGACCAUGUCAAAAUGUGGUUUGGUGGCAAAAGACCCGGACUCCGGAAAAAUGAAGGUGAAACUUUAUUUGAAUAAAGACGGCAAAGUCAAGGGUGAUGGACGCUGUUGUUACAUUCGCCGGGAAUCUGUCGACCUCGCCCUUCAAAUUUUGGAUGGCUACAACCUCCGAGGAUUCAAUUUGAAAGUUGAGCCAGCUGAAUUCACGCAAAAGGGAGAAUACGAUCCUACGAAAAAGCCGCGGAAAAAGAGGAAACAGGAAAAGGAGAAACUGAAGAAAAUGCAGGAGAAACUUCUGGCUUGGAAACCGGAUGAGCUCAGAGGACAGCGUCCAAGGAGCGACAAAGUCGUCAUCAUGAAGAACCUAUUUGACCCUGAAACUUUCAAGAAAGAUCCAAAACUCAUUUUAGACGUGCAGACGCAAUUGAAGAGCGAGUGCGAAAAAUUCGGCGGCGCGAAAAAGGUGGUGCUUCACGAUCGGCAUCCCGACGGCGUGGCGGAAGUAGUGUUCAAGGAAUUCGAGAAUUCCGACUUGUGCGUGCAAAUCAUGAACCGGCGACUCUUCGGCGACCGGCGCCUCAUCGCCGAGUUGUGGGACGGUAAGACGAAAUAUAGGAUAGAGGAAACGGAGGAAGAACGCAAGGAACGGCUCGGGCAAUGGGAAAAGUUUCUAGAGUCUGAUGAUACAGUACUGAACGGNUCGACUCUUCAGGAGAAACUUCUGGCUUGGAAACCGGAUGAGCUCAGAGGACAGCGUCCAAGGAGCGACAAAGUCGUCAUCAUGAAGAACCUAUUUGACCCUGAAACUUUCAAGAAAGAUCCAAAACUCAUUUUAGACGUGCAGACGCAAUUGAAGAGCGAGUGCGAAAAAUUCGGCGGCGCGAAAAAGGUGGUGCUUCACGAUCGGCAUCCCGACGGCGUGGCGGAAGUAGUGUUCAAGGAAUUCGAGAAUUCCGACUUGUGCGUGCAAAUCAUGAACCGGCGACUCUUCGGCGACCGGCGCCUCAUCGCCGAGUUGUGGGACGGUAAAACGAAAUAUAGGAUAGAGGAAACGGAGGAAGAACGCAAGGAACGGCUCGGGCAAUGGGAAAAGUUUCUAGAGUCUGAUGAGUAG